AUUGCAAGUCAGUGAGACGGGACUGGGCUUGAGCCGGGACGAGGGGGCAGCGCUGCAUCUGGACGUCUGGAGCAGAGGGAAAGUUGCAGCUGAAGGGUGAAGUAGAGCAAGAGGAGCUGCCUACAGGACGCCGACGGAGCCGGAGACGGGGGAUCGCAGGGCAAACACAAAUAUGGCUGCUAAAUCUCUGUCCUGCCUCAGCCUUCUGUGCAUCCUCUCAGGAGUGACUGGUCCAGCGUCUGCCUCCAGGCCGGGAGAGCAGCAGCUCACUCUGUUCAAGACAUGUGUGAAGGGAAGUUUCCUCAGCCAGCAGGGCGUUUGUCUUCCAUGCAACUGCAAGGGCCAUGCUGACUCCUGUCAAGACAUCACAGGCAUCUGCAUCAAAUGCAGGAAACACAGUGCAGGGGAUUUCUGUGAGAAGUGUGAAGCUGGCUACGUUCUGAACCGGGGUCUGGAUGGGCGUCACCUCUGCAUGCCCUGCGCCUGCCCCCUCGCUACCGCCUCCAAUAACUUCGCCUUGCACUGCGAGAGAGCCGGUGCAACUCUGCGCUGCAAGUGCCGAGAAGGAUACGCCGGCCACAACUGUGAGAGGUGUGCUCCCGGUUACUAUGGCAACCCAAUGGCGGCGGGUAAUUCCUGCAAGAGGUGCGAGUGCAACGGCAACACCGACCCCAACCUGAUCAUCAACGAGUGCCACAACGUGACGGGCCACUGCCAGCACUGCUGGGGCAACACGGCCGGCGCCAACUGUGAGCGGUGUGCCCCCGGUUUCUACGGCGACGCCGUCACCGCCAAGAACUGCAGAGAGUGCCAGUGCCACAAAUGUGGCACGUCUUCGUGUGACGAGAGGACGGGAGUGUGUCACUGCCGGCCGGGAGUCACGGGCCGAUUCUGCGACCAGUGCGAGGAGGGCUACUCGGGCUUCUCCAGCUGCCAGGGCUGCCGGAGGUGUGACUGUGGGCCGGCUUCCCUCCGCUCCACCUGCCACCCCCUCACCCACAGCUGCCCCUGCCGGCCCGGGGCCGGGGGCCGGUACUGUGAGCGCUGUCUCCCCGGACACUGGGACUACAGCCCUGCCGGCUGCCAGAAGUGCGACUGUGAGAGCGGCUACUGCGACGUGCACACCGGAGAGUGUCUGGCAGAGGACGCAACAGUCAACCUGUGCAACAUCAGUUGUGAUGAGUGCAUAUGGCAGCUGAUUGGUGACUUAAAGUUGUCCAAUAAGACGCUGGACCAGCUCAGAGUUGGAGUCCUGAACAUCUCCACUGGUGCUGCUGCUAACGACAGACUCAAGUACUACAACUACACCGCUCACAAACUCCAGACGCAGUUUAAGAGCUGGAGAAACAAGACGCUUUUGAUGCUGCAUGCCAAGGAUGUGGAGGAGGCCGCGGACACGCUGGCGCUGGAAAUCACAGAGCUCACAGAAUCGGAGGACUUGGUGCAGACGGUUGGGAACCGACUGGACAGCGAGUCUCUGCAGACGCUCACCUUGGCCGAGCAGCUGAGCACAAACCUGACUGAUCUCAACGCUCACAUCGAAGAGAUGAUCCAUGACUGGGAGCUGUACAGCGUUCAGCAGGAGACGGAUCCAGAGAUGAUCAGACAGAACACUCAGAUAGCCCAGGAACUGGUCAGCCUGAUGAGGAGACUGGACCUGUCGCCACGGGAACCCGUCGCCACCGACGAGUCCACCGAGGCGCACGACUUGCUGCGGCGCGUUCGUCAGCUGGAGAAGAAGCUGAUGGUUACCGACAGCCGCCUCCCGUCUGUCAGAGAGGUUCUAUCUCGCUUCUCCACCAGGCUGUCGGAGGCUCAGGACUUCCUUCUGAAAGCAUCCAACACCGUACAGGAGACCAAGGAAAAGAACCGAGCCGGCCUCCUGAAAUUCCACAGGAACGAGGCGAGGCAGGAAGGACUGGCAGAAGACCAGUCGGCCAUCAACGUAACCCUGGAAACAAGCAGAGUUUUCAUCUCUGAAGCUGAGGGGGCGGCGGCCGAGGUGGACGCCUUGGUGCAGAAUGUGACACAGUACCACGCUGCGAUUGACGGCGCCAGCGAGAAGCUGGUAGAGAAGACGGAACGCCUCUCGCUGGCCGACAGAGAUCUGGUUCAGCGGGCCGACGAUCACGCCCAGGAGCUGGAGAGAGAGGCCAACGAGCUGGAAGAAGAUCUGAAGGAAAGCGAUGCCAACGGAUUCGUUCAGAGAGCCAUAAGUGCUGCCAACGUUUACAGCAACAUAGUGAAAUACGUGACCGACGCCAACAUCACCUCCCUCACCACCAUGAGCCUGUCCCAACGGGCUGAAGACGCCAUCACCCUGAUCAACUCACAGAUGGAGUACCUGGUGACUCAGAGCGACAACAUUUUCAAGGAGUCUGUUUCAUUACAUUCAGAGCAAGCAGAGGUAGAAAGCGAGGUGGCGGAUCAGCAAAACUACAUCAAGGAGACGCAGGAGACGAUGAGUAAGAACUCCAGAAAACUUGAAGAACUAGUGCAGGACAUCGGUGAAAUCCACACAGACAGAACGCCGCAGCGUCUGGAUUAUACUCUGGAAGUGGCUGAAGGGACUCUGAACCGCUCAGCCACCGUCUUCCAGAGCAUCACCCCCAUCAGCAGCAAGGUGGAGGAGUGGGACGCCAACAUGAGGAACAACCAAUACUCGGCAUCUGCGUACGACCAGGCUGUGGCCUCGGCCGGGGAAGCAGUGGAUAACCUGAAUGUGCUGGUUCCGGAGCUGCUGGGAAAGCUGAAGGUGGUGGAGGACAAGAAGCCGUUUAACAACGUCACCAGCAACAUCGUGAGGAUCCGGGAGCUCAUCGCCCAGGCCCGGAGCGUGGCCAGGAAAGUCCAGGUCUCCAUGAAGUUUAACGGGCAGUCGUCGGUGCAGGUUCAGCCCAUCAGCAACCUGGAGGAGCUGCAGACCGUCACCUCCAUCAGCCUGUUCAUGAGGGUGGACCCGGACAAGGACCCCAUAGAAGACCGGUUCAUCCUGUACCUGGGAGACAGAAAUGGUAAAAAAGACUACAUGGGUUUGGCCAUCAAGAACGACAACCUGGUGUUCGUCUACAAGCUCGGGGCGGAGGAUGUGGAGAUCGCUCUGAGCUCCAAGCCCGUCAGCCAGUGGCCGGCCGUCUUCAACUUCAUCAAGAUAGAAAGGCUGGGCAGACAUGGAAAGGUGUUCCUGACCAUCCCCAGCCAGAGCUCCACGGACGAACAGAAGUUCAUUCAGAAAGGAGAAGCUACAGGCACAGACUCGCUGUUCGACAUCGACGCCAAGGACACGGUGUUCUUCGUGGGCGGAGUCCCCCCGGAUAUCACGCUGCCUCCUCCGCUGAGCCUGGCUCCGUUCGUGGGCUGCAUCGAGCUGGCCUCGCUCAACAACGAGGUCAUCAGCAUCUACAACUUUAGAGAGACUCACAAGAUCAACAUGGUGACGUCACCACCCUGCCCCAGGUAUAAGCUGGCGUUCUCUCAGAGUCGCAUCGCCAGCUACCUGUUUGACGGGACAGGAUACGCUCUCAUCAGUAACAUCCAGAGGAGGGGGAAGUUCAGCAUCGUCACCAGAUUUGACAUCGCCGUGCGAACAGUCGCCAACAACGGUGUCCUGUUACUCAUGGUGAACGGGGAUCAUUUCUUCCUUUUAGAGAUAAAGAACGGUUUCCUGCGCCUAAUGUAUGACUUUGGCUUCAGCAACGGGCCGAAUCUCUUCGAUGAGAAGCUGCCGAAGCUUCAGAUAAACGACGCCAGAUACCACGAGGUGUCGGUGAUCUACCAUCAGUCCAAGAAGGUGAUCCUGCUGGUGGACAAGAGCCACGUUAAGUCCAUGGAGAACCCCAAAACCACCCUGCCCUUCUCAGACAUCUACAUAGGGGGGGCUCCCUCCAGCAUCCUCAAGUCCAGGCCGGAGCUGUUCUCUGUGGUCGGCCUGAAGGGCUGCGUGAAGGGAUUCCAGUUCCAGAAGAAGGACUUCAACCUGCUGGAGGAGCCCGGCACCAUCGGCAUCAGCAGCGGCUGCCCCGAGGAGUCCUUCAUGUCUAGAAAAGCAUAUUUCACCGGGCAGAGCUACUUGGGAUCCACAGCGAAGAUUUCUCCGUUUGACAGCUUUGAAGGGGGGCUGAACUUCCGGACCCUGCAGCCGACGGGACUCCUGUUCUACCUCAGUGAAGGGGCUGAUGAGUUCAGCAUCUCCCUGGAGAACGGUGGCGUUGUGUUGAACAACAGAGGAACGAAGGUCAAGUCUCACAAGAAACAAUACAACGACGGGAGGACACACUUCUUAGUGGCUUCAGUCAACAAGCACAAGUUCCUGCUGUUGGUGGACGACAGAGACAAGCAGGAGAAGAAGCGUCCGUCGUCGGCCCCGAGCUCCUCGUCAGAGUCUCCCGUCAAGACCUUCUACUACGGGGGGUCUCCCAGCAGCAGCUUCAAGAACUUCACCGGCUGCAUCAGCUACGCUUACGUUAACAGAGAAGACCGGGACAUUGAGCCUGAGGACUUCCAGAAGUACACUGAGAAUGUCCAGACGUCUCUGGAGGACUGUCCACUAGAACGUCCUCUUGCGGCGCUGCUUUCUAGACACAUGAACACUUCCAGAGCCAAGAAGAGCCAGUCACAGAAGGUUGCCAGAGAUAAGUCCAGCCUGCUCCGGGAGCCGGCAGAGCCCUGCUUCCUCUCCUCCAGACCCCGGGCAACGCUGCAAGCCUUCCACUACGGCAGCAUGGCCAACAGCCGGCAGCACUACACCCAGGUCCCCGACUCUCUCUCUGAGCGGUGCAACUUCUCCGUGUCUCUGAAGACACAGUCGUCCUCCGGACUCAUCUUUUACGUAUCAGACGCCCAAGAGGAAAACUUCAUGGCUCUAUUCCUGGCCCAUGGGAAACUCGUUUACACCUUCAACGUAGGAGACCAAAGAGUGAAAAUCAGGAGUGAGGAGAGAUACAACGAUGGUGCAUGGCACAAUAUUAUUUUUGUCCGUGAUGGUAAUCAUGGGCAGUUAAUUAUCGAUGGGCUUAAGAUGCCGGGAGACAGAGCUCGGAGGAAUAACGUCCCCUGGCAGAUCAGCCCCCCCGUCUUCAUCGGAGGAGUUCCCCCGGGCCGAGCCCAGAAGAACAUCCAGAGAAAUUCAGCCGUCAGCUUCACUGGCUGUCUGAGAAACCUGCAGCUGGAUGGAACCGGCCUGUCCUCCGUGGCAGAGACGUUCGGGGUGGCUCCGUGCUUCGAAGGGCUCUCUGAGGCGGGAACGUACUUCUCAGAGGAGGGAGGAUACGUGGUUCUGGAUGAAUCUUUGCAGCUGGGGCUGAAGUUCGAGCUGGUGAUGGAGGUGCGCCCUCGUGUGGCGUCGGGGGUGCUGUUACAUGUGCACGCGUCAGAGGGAUAUUUCACCCUGUACAUUCAUCAGGGCGCGGUGGUGGUUCUUGUAAACGACGGCACCCAUGAAUUCUCAACAAAGGUGUCGCCAAAGCAGGGCGUGUGUGACGGCACCUGGCACAGAAUUACAGUGAUCCGUGAGGCCAACGUGGUCCAGCUGAACGUGGACUCGGAGAUCCGGCACGUUGUGGGACCGGUGAACCCCCGCUCCACGGACGCCAGGAAGGCGGUGUUCAUCGGUGGAGCUCCGGACUCCUUCCUCCCAGACACUCUGGUCACCAGGAAGUCGUACGUGGGCUGCGUGAAGAACCUGACCAUCAACAACAGCCCGGCCAGCUUCAGCAAAGCGGCUCUGGUCAGCGGGGCGGUCAGCGUUGGGACGUGUCCAGCGGCGUGACCCGGUCCAGCGGCGUGACCCGGUCCAGCGGCGUGACCCGGUCCAGCGGCGUGACCCGGUCCAGCGGCGUGACCCGGUCCAGCGGCGUGACCCGGUCCAGCGGCGUGACCCGGUCCAGCGGCGUGACCCGGUCCAGCGGCGUGACCCGGUCCAGCGGCGUGACCCGGGUCCAGAGUCAUCAGAGUCCAGACCAGACCAGGAUCUUUGCGUUAAACCUACAAACUAAGACUAUACCUGCUCUUUUUACUCUGUCAGGUUAUUGUUUCUGUUAUCUCUUCAUUCAUUUCAUAUAUCAAGAAUAUAUACGGUGGCCGAGACCCGCCAUUACUGAAAAUAAAAGUAACGCUGCAAACAGAAACAAACGCAGCUGCAAAUAAAAGAAAUGCUGCAAAUAAAAACAAACGCUGCAAAUAAAAACAAACGCCGCUGCAAAUAAAAUAAACACUUUGCAAAUAAAAUAAACGCUGCAAAUAAAAUAAACGCCUCUCACCUGAAAUGAGCUGGGAUAGGCUCCAGCAGACCACCGUGACCCCGCAAGGGAUAAAGCGGGUAUAGAUGAUGGAUGGAUGGAAAUAAAAUAAACGCUGCAAAUAAAAACAAACGCUGCUGCAAAUGAAAUAAACGCUGCAAAUAAAAUAAACGCUGCAAAUAAAAACAAACGCUGCUGCAAAUAAAAGAAAUGCUGCAAAUAAAAACAAAAGCCGCUGCAAAUGAAAUAAACGCUUUGGAAAUAAAAUAAACGCUGCAAAUAAAAACAAACACCGCAGCAAAUAUAAAGAAACCCCGCUGCAAAUGAAAUAAACGCCGCUGCAAAUAAAAAAAAAACGGCGCAAAUAAAAAAGCCACGACGGAAGUGAAUUACCGGGACUAUUUUUGCUGAUGCACCGGUGUUUUUUACGUGAGAGGAGAAGAAGACGAAGAGACGUAAGUGAAAAGGAAGAAAUAAGAAGAGCGAGGAAUAUCUUCUUAUUUCUUCCUUUUCAUUUACGCUGGGCUUAUUUUUUUGCAGCGGGGUUUCUUUAUAUUUUCAGCGUUUCUUUUAUUUACAGCGGCGUUUCUUUUUGUUAGCAGCGUUUCUUUAAUUUGCAGCGGCGUUUGUUUCUGUUUGCAGCGUUUUUUUUUUCAGCAAUGGCGGGUCUCGGCCACCGUAAGAAUAAGACCAAAAGCUUCAAAUUGAAAUAGGUUUGAAAAUUGGAAGCAAAUAAAUGCAAAUAAAUAGGAACUAAACGUAGAGUCUAUUCCAGGAGCGGACUUUAUUCCCCUGUCCAGCGUUCUUCAUGACUAUGUAGUCUCGGUACAACUACUUGUACAAGCUCACGUUGAAAAACGUACUUUUUGUACUGAUUUAUUUCUGAAAAUAAAUAAUAUCUUAAGUAA